AUGACACGUUGUAACGCAUGUCACGCCAAUAUUGGCAACACGGUUCGAAUAAAUUGUGCCAUUUGCUUAGAUUUUUAUCUUUGUGUCACCUGCUUUACAUCCGGAGAAGAAUUGGAAAAACACAAAAGUUGGCAUGAUUAUAAAGUCUUGGAACAAUAUUCAUUUCCAUUAUUUAAUGAAGAUUGGGGGGCGGAUGAAGAAGAAUUAUUAAUUGAGGGAGCGGAAAUGCAUGGAUUAGGAAAUUGGGCAGAUAUUGCGGAAUACAUAGGUAGUAAAACGAAAGAGGAAUGUGAAAAUCAUUAUAUGGAAGUAUAUGUGAAUAGUGAAAAAUGGCCAUUACCGGAUAUGGAUAUAAAUUUUAAUUUUGAUGAUGAAAUAACGAGGACAAGAAAACGAAGACGAGUAAUUGAUGCAGAAAGUCGAGGACAAACCAAUCAUGAGAUUGCAGGUUAUAUGCCAAAUCGACUUGAAUUUGAGAAUGAAUAUGAUAAUGAUGCGGAAUUGGUUAUUAAAGAUUUGGAAUUAAGCGAAACGGAUAAUGAUCAAGAUAAAUUAAUGAAGAAAUAUGUAUUGGAAAUAUACAACAAAAAACUAAAUAAGCGUGCUGAAAGAAAGAAAGUUAUAUUUGGUCAUAAUCUAAUAGAUUAUAAAAAGAAUAGACUACACGAAGAAGAAAAAUAUAGAACCAAAGAAGAAAAGGAAUUAUUUGCCAAAAUUAAACCAUUUGCACAGACCUUAUGUAAACAAGAAUUCGAAGAAUUCGGAGAAGGUUUAAUUAAAGAACUAAAACUUCGUGCCGAAAUAGAAAAAUUACAAGAAUUUCGUCGAAAUGGAAUAAUGAAUUCUAAUGAAAUUGCUAAAUAUGAAAAAGCAAAAUCACAAAAGGCAUCAAAUCGAGAAUCCGCUCGUUCACAAAAUGGUCAUUUGAUAGCCGUAUCAGCAAUAACACGUAAACCUCAAGCACUUGAUCUUAGUGAUGAAGAAGGUGUAAACUUACUUUCAGAAGCAGAACGAACAUUAUGUGAAAGUUUAAGAUUAUUACCUCGACCUUAUUUGGUAAUCAAAGAAACUAUUUUGAAGGAAUGGGCACGAACCAAUGGAACUUUACGACGGAGACAAGCAAGAGAUCUUAUACGUAUCGAUGUUAACAAAACAGCUAGAAUUUAUGAUUUUUUUAUAGAAAUGGGUUGGAUAAGACAAUUAUCAGAAAAUA